AUGUCUGAUAUCGAUACUCUCGGCCAGGCCGAGUCUCACUCUGGUCAUGACGGGACGACAAAACAACAAGCACGCCACCGACAUAUCAAUGACCGGGCGGUAAUCGAGAACCCACUCUCCCACUUCACCGACGAACAAUUAGAAGCAGAUGUCACUUCUUUCGCAGAGAGGUAUUUGAACGUCGACAAGGGAGCAUUGAUACGUGCUGCGCGUGUGGCAAAGGACAUUAAACUAUACGACGAAGUUGCGAGAAACCCCAGCGAUGCGGCAGGCAAGGAGCUUCCGGUCCAGCUGACAGUGGAGGAAAAAUGCGCACUUGUUCGGGAACGUGAUGUUCCAUUCAGCGAAAAGGGGAUGUGGACCAUCAUCAUCACAGUGUCCCUCGCAGCAUUCUUACAAGGCCAUGUGCAAGCAUCAUUAAAUGGCUCGUCUCUUUACGAUACAGAAUUCGGACUGGACACGACCGCCAAGAGGGACGACGGCAGUCUGACGGGAAGUCAUGCUCAGUUGGGAGUCGAUGACUGGAAGCUGGGAGCCGCCAACGCGUCUCCGUUCUUAUUCGCCGCAGUACUGGGUUGUCCCCUUGCGCUGCCAGUAAAUCAUUAUCUCGGUCGUAAAGGAGGAAUGGUGGUGGCUGCUUUCCUAAUUCUAGUCAGCUCUCUGGCUUCAGCCUUUGCCACGAACUGGGUGCACCUCUUUGGCAUUCGACUAUUGAAUGGUAUGGGGCUCAAGGCCGUCAGUACUCCUAUCCUCGCUAGUGAAACCGCGGUCGGUUUCUGGCGAGGUACCUCUAUUCUCGCAUGGCAGCUAUGGGUAGCCGCAGGGUUGAUGGUCGGAUUCGCCUUCAACCUGAUAUUCGACACGACACAGGCAGACAACAAGCGGCUUACUUUUCAACUCAUGGUGGCCGCUCCGACGGUUCCAGCACUUGCGCUUCUAAUCUUGGUCAUUUGCUUCUGUGAAGAGAGCCCACGGUACCUGAUGCGCGUGUCAAGUCCGCAUUACGAUCCCCAACAAGCCUACGAGAUUCUCAAGAAGCUGAGAAACACUGAGCUGCAGGCUCUCAGAGAUAUCUAUCUCGUACACAAGUCCAUUGAGCAAGAAGAGGUGCCGGGCGGCGUCGCAAACCUGAAAUACAUACCAGGGUUCAUCUCAACCGUGGUGGGUUUCUUGCGACAAUGGAGACAGCUCUUCCUCGAGAGGCGGUUGAGAAACGCAUUGAUUAGUAGCUCGACUGUGGCACUUGCCCAGCAACUGUGCGGAAUCAACGUGCUGGCUUUCUACUCGGGCACGCUCUUCAGCCGCGCUGGUGCGGAGAAGCGGGAUGCCAUGUUCUUCAGUCUAGGGUACGGAGCCGUCAACUUCAUCUUUGGUCUACCUGCCAUUCGAACGAUCGACACGCUGGGCAGACGGAAAUGGCUGAUACUGACUCUGCCCGUGAUGGCGCUCUUCAUGCUGCUCGCAGGCGUCUCCUUCAAAAUAGCCAAUCUAGGGGCCAAGGUCCCGGUGGUCGCCCUGUUCAUCCUGCUGUUCGCGGCCGCGUACUCCCCCGGCCUGGGACCCAUCCCGUUUACCUACGCGUCGGAGAGCUUUCCGCUAUCGCACCGCGAAGCAGGGGCCGCGGUCGCCAUCGCGGUGAACCUGGGCUUCGCCGGUCUGCUUUCCGUGUUCUUCCCGCGGAUCAAUUCCGGGCUGGGCGAUGGCGGCUCGCUCUACCUCUUUGCGGGGCUGAACGUCCUGGCCCUGGUCAUGGUCUUUUUACUGCUAGAGGAGACAAAGAGGCGGAGCCUGGAGGACCUAGACCUGGUGUUCGCGGUGUCGAAGCGGCGGUUCAUCAGGCAUCAGGUCGUCGAGUACCUGCCGUGGUUCUUCAAGCGUUACGUCCUGCGGAGGCGCGAACACAAGCCGAGUUUGUACAUUGAUCUAAUAUGGGGAUCUGGGGGCGACGAGGAGGAGCGGACGCGGGUGAGAGAUCCGAGCGGGAUUGCAGGGAGAAGAGAUAGUUCCGAGUCGGACGGGGACAGCACUCACGCCUAG